AUGAACUGUAAAGGAUAUAGGCUAAAUAUUUUAGAUGUUUUGAAAGCAGAAAAGCAAAAGCACUUAACAAGAAAUCUCUUUGAUUUCUAGGUUGCUUCCUACAUCUUGCUGCCAAAGUAGAAGCUCCUUGAGCUGAGGAUCUUUCCUUUUCCCCUUCCCCCUACUCCAUACUGCCUUCUAACCACUGACAGUAGGUAAAAAGUAUUCAUGUUUCAGUCCAGUACCUUUAUGUGUCUCACACUGGAGGGCUUUUUCCAUUCCCCUGGGGUUGGGCAGGCCAUGAUUAUCACUCUAAUAGAGUUAAUUAAGAGCCUUAAGGCCCUCAUGAUUUGUUUUCUUUGGGACCAGACCUAUGGCUUGGGCCUCCAAGCUACCUGCUCUGCCUCAACCCUUUCCCUGAAAAAACAGCCAAGCAAAAUCCAGCAACUGGCUCUUCAGGAGCCAUGUGCACCCUACUGCUUUAGCGUGAGCUAGGGGAGUAAAUGUAGAUGUCUUCUCCUUGGCAUGCAGCUGAGCUCCAUUAGCUGCAGUGAACAGCUGAAACCAGGACAUGGACAAUAGCUCAAACAAAUAAAAAUGACCCCUAGAAUUUAAUCAGUAAGACAAGGCACAUCUCAAAGAAGUCCAUCUCCAAGAUGGGCUUGAUGCUCAGAAUGCCAGCAGAGCAGCAGUUUGUUCAGAGAGCAGGUGAAGACCGUCAGGUUAGGUCUAUAAUCACUUAUCCUUAGCACCUGGGAGAGCCAUCCCUUAAAAUGCUAUUCUCCUCUUGCCACAGCCUCAUUCAGCUCAGUAGGAACCUCUGAGAUCAGGGAAGAACCUUUUUUUUUUAAUAACUACAGGAGCAUAGGGUCACUCCUACAUGUGGAAUAAGAUAAAAGGCUUUUAUGUGGGAAUUCUGCUGUCCUCUGGAGAGUUAUAAAGAUCAAAGACUUGAAACGGUGGUUAAUUGCAGCUUUUGAAACUGUGACCACAACAGACUGUUUGAACUAUGGUGUGAGAGAAACUGAGGAUUUCCCCAGGCAACUCUGUGCAGGUACUAGCCACAGAGCUGACAAGGAAAGCUUUCAAAGCACAAUGAAAUGCAGCACAGGAGCUGCACCCAGAAGAGGAAACUCCAGCCAUCUGGAGACGAGGAUGACCAGCGGCCACAGCAGUUUGUAAAAUUGCAAGAGCUGCCAAAAUUAAACUGUGAAGUCAGGCAGGAAGGCAACCAAUGACUGGUGAGAUCAGAAGUUCAGAGAUGCCCCAGAUGAGCUCCCAACAACAAGUGUGGCUGGCGUGCAACAAAGUUUAUUAAGGAUGUUGAGAGGGGGGGAAAGUAUCUGUGCAGAAGAUGCCCAGCUGGUGAGGAGGGACUGGUGGUGAUGCUCAGGUCACUUGAUGAAUCCCAUUGGCCAAGCCCCUGGGAGAUCCCACCCAUUCGCAAGUGUAAAAUAAAUCUCUAAAGUUGUACCUCAUGUACCACUUGACCUUAUUGCAUUUAGCCUGCUGGCUUUAUAUCUAUUUAUUUAUUUUAUUUUGGUUUGUGCCCAAAGAGGGGCUCGAAGGAAAUGAAUUUUGAACCACCACCUUUCACCACCUUGCAGUACUACCCUGAUCCCUGCAUCCAGCGGUUUGUAGAAACUCCGAGCCACUUCUCCUGGAAGGAAAGUUACUACCGAUCAGCCAUGUCCCAGAGCUCGCAGCCCAGGGAAUUCCUCAGUCCAGAGGUGCUCCAGCAUAUCUGGGACUUCCUGGAACAGCCAAUAUGCUCAGUUCAGCCAAUUGAUUUAAACUUCAUUGACACCCCAUCUGAAAAUGGCCCUACUAACAAAAUAGAGAUCAGCAUGGACUGCGUCCGGGUGCAGGACACAGAGCUGAAUGACCCAAUGUGGCCGCAGUACACGAACCUGGGGCUCCUGAACAGCAUGGACCAGCAGAUCCAGAACGGCUCUUCCUCCACCAGUCCCUACAACACUGAGCAUGCACAGAACAGCGUCACGGCCCCUUCGCCUUAUGCCCAGCCCAGCUCGACUUUUGAUGCCCUCUCACCUUCCCCAGCCAUCCCUUCCAACACAGACUACCCAGGACCUCACAGCUUUGAUGUAUCAUUUCAACAGUCUAGCACAGCAAAGUCAGCAACGUGGACGUAUUCCACUGAACUGAAAAAGCUGUACUGCCAGAUUGCCAAGACAUGUCCCAUUCAGAUCAAAGUGAUGACCCCACCACCUCAGGGAGCUGUUAUCAGGGCUAUGCCAGUCUACAAGAAAGCUGAACAUGUCACUGAAGUGGUCAAACGCUGCCCGAACCAUGAGCUGAGCCGGGAGUUCAACGAAGGGCAGAUUGCGCCUCCCAGCCACCUGAUCAGGGUGGAAGGGAACAGCCACGCCCAGUAUGUAGAAGACCCCAUCACUGGGAGGCAGAGUGUGCUGGUCCCCUAUGAGCCGCCCCAGGUUGGUACAGAGUUCACAACAGUCUUGUACAACUUCAUGUGUAACAGUAGCUGCGUGGGAGGGAUGAACCGGCGCCCAAUCCUCAUCAUUGUGACACUGGAAACCAGAGAUGGGCAAGUCUUGGGCCGCCGAUGUUUCGAAGCCCGCAUUUGCGCUUGCCCAGGCAGAGACCGCAAAGCAGAUGAGGACAGCAUCCGCAAGCAGCAAGUCUCUGACAGCACAAAGAAUGGUGAUGGUACGAAGCGCCCUUUUCGACAAGGAACUCAUGGCAUACAGAUGACAUCUAUCAAAAAAAGACGUUCCCCAGAUGAUGAGCUCUUAUACUUGCCAGUGAGGGGACGUGAGACCUAUGAAAUGCUACUAAAGAUCAAAGAGUCCCUGGAACUUAUGCAGUACCUUCCCCAGCACACGAUUGAGACCUACCGCCAACAGCAGCAGCAGCAGCACCAGCACUUGCUCCAGAAGCAGACCUCCAUGCAGUCGCAGUCAUCCUAUGGUUCCAACUCUCCACCACUGAGCAAAAUGAACAGCAUGAACAAGCUGCCCUCGGUCAGCCAGCUAAUUAACCCCCAGCAGCGCAAUGCCCUGACUCCAACAACCAUCCCUGACGGCAUGGGAACCAACAUUCCCAUGAUGGGCACCCACAUGGCCAUGACCGGUGACAUGAAUGGCCUCAGCCCCACGCAGGCGCUGCCUCCUCCCCUCUCCAUGCCUUCAACGUCCCACUGCACCCCCCCUCCUCCGUACCCCACAGACUGCAGCAUCGUCAGCUUCUUAGCGAGGUUGGGCUGCUCAUCCUGUGUGGAUUAUUUCACGACCCAGGGGCUGACCACCAUCUAUCAGAUUGAGCAUUACUCCAUGGAUGAUCUGGUGAGCCUCAAGAUCCCGGAGCAGUUCCGCCAUGCCAUCUGGAAGGGCAUCCUGGACCACCGGCAGCUCCAUGACUUCUCCUCCCCUCCCCACCUCCUGCGCACCCCCAGCGGCGCCUCCACGGUCAGCGUGGGCUCCAGCGAGACGCGAGGGGAGCGGGUUAUCGACGCGGUCCGCUUCACGCUCCGGCAGACCAUUUCCUUCCCUCCCCGCGACGAGUGGAAUGACUUCAACUUUGACAUGGAUGCCAGGCGCAACAAACAGCAACGCAUCAAGGAGGAAGGGGAGUGAGCACCAUGGACCCCGCACCGCCCAGCCUCGGCCACAAACUGCUCAGCCCUUGUCUUCCUUCUGCUUGGUACUGCACCCCUGGACGAAGGGCGGAGGGACCUUCUUGCUCAUUUAUUCUGGGUUAUGCCCUUGAUGCUGUCUAGGUCAUACUCCUGGACCACAACCUCCAGCCCAGCUCUUGCAAGGGGAAGAGCGGGUGGUAUUUCCUUGAAAGCUGUUGACCUUCUCAAGAAGGCGGUGUUCUUGUUUUGUGUUUUCCUUUGGGAAGAGGGUUUCUUUUCUUGACUUUUGAAUCCUCACACACCUUGUGGGCAUCCUGACCUGCAAAGUUGCCUCUCUCAUCCAGUGAUCUUGCUUUGAAAAGCAGGAAGGUGAAAAUUUUCUUAAAAGCAAAAAAAAAAAAAAAACAACAACCCAUUUCAACCCCAAAACCAAAUGCAAAAAAUCCAAAGCCACCAAACUGAACUGGCAGUUCAUCUGAAAAAUAAAUGGGAAUCGGUCUGCUAAACGUUGCACUUAACCAGCCUCUUCCCACGGAGCUGAGUGCUCUGUUCGUGUGUAAUAUUCUCCAGCGGAGACAGCACAUGCACUUUGCUGGGCAGGCCAGUGCUUAGAGCCACCUGCAACUCAUGUUUUCAUUUUCCCUUGCCUUCUCUGGGAAAAAAAAAACCUGCUGUCUCUUCUUGUUUUGAAUUUACAUUCAUAUCUAUGUCCUGGUUUGUUUGUUUCAGGAUAUAAAUGCAAUUACAGCCAUUGGUCACUCUUGAAUUCUGCCCUCGACCCAAACUUUAGCCAUUCUGUACUACUACUGACAUUUAAGCUAGAGAAUUAGGCUUUGCCACAUAUGCAGCCUGGGUAGUUUAGCAUAAGGAUUUGCCUGCCUAGCCUCCAGUUGAACAGAGAACCAACUGAGAGCCUCACACGGAUUUGUAGGGCUUCAGUGAUCCCAAACCCAGACAAUCUUUUACUUGGACCAUGCUAGAUUGAUUUCAUGCCAAGUACAGUAUAACCAUCUUUAGAUAUAUCUGUAAUAGACUGGAGCCUGUUGUGGUUUGUUGUUGGUGACUAUAGACUAAGUGAUGAGCAACUAGAAGUGGAGAGUAAAAAAAGAAAGAUAUUUCCAACUGCCUUGGAACAAGGAUGGGUUCCUGGUAAUAUGAGUGUUGCUACUGCAGAAAGUCAUGUUUACAUGAGAAAUUGAUUCUUCUCUGUGGUUGGUUUUUGGUUUUGUUUUUUGGAUUUGUUUCUUGUGAUUUCUUUAUUGGCUUGACAGCAGCUGUGUUUUGAAGCAUUUCCUCUGGCUGCCAGUGAUCCUGUGGACAAGUAACUGAACAGAGAGCAUGUUUUCACAUUUAUAUUGGCCAAGGUAGUGAGACUCUAACAUAUACAAAACAAACCUAAAUGGAGGAGCUCAGCAUGGCUGCUUUCAAGUUGGUCUGCUCUUUUUAACAGUAAGCCUGACUUUUUGUUGUUUUUUUUCUUUUUAGCUGAGGAAAGAUGAAAAAGCAGCUUAAAUCACUUGUCAUCCUACCUUGCUAUAACCAAAUCAUCUCGUUUCAAUGCAGUGGCUUUUUUCUGGGCCCUGCUAUGUGCCAUGUAUUUCAUAUAAGCCUGAUAUUGUUAGCAUCCUGCUCCAUCUGUCUGUUGUGCCAGGUCUAUGUUGCAUUCAAAGACUGCCUUUCAGUAACUGUGCAAGCCUAUUUUGGAUAGCUUUAAAUGGUAUUGCAAGAUUGUUACCCUGUAAAGUGUGUAUAUAAAUAUUUUUUUGUAUGUGUAAUAUUUGUUUCCUACAGCAUAACAUGCCAAUUUUUAUUUCUUCUUGGGCUACCGGGUCUGACAGAACCACAAUAAAAUGUUGUUUGUUUUUCUGUUUUUGUUUUUUUUUAAUUAUUAUUUUUAUGCAGAACGCUUACAGUAUAACUUGUAACAAAUGGCUCGUCACUGGACAAAUAUAUUUGUAUUUUUCAUACUGAGAUUCCUGUGUUACUUUGCAGUUGAGGGGGUGGGGAGCAGGUACUGGAAGCCUGUUUUAUCAUUUAUUUUGUAACACUUCAAAGAGCAGUGUCCUAGAUUUCAAAGUAUUUAACAUGCUCAGUGUGAAAACUUACUAUGUCUUUUUUUUGUUGUUGUUUUCCUAUAUGCUACAAAAGAAGCAAGUCAUCCUGCUCUUGACUUGGUGCAAGAAUUAAUUCAGCUGGGCAGUGUUAGUGCAGGGAAAGUGUUAGUGUUGGAUACUUUGCAGAUUCCUGGAGGUGAAUUGGGCUGUGCCCUUCUCACCUCCCAAGGUUUUGCAUUACCAUUGUGUAAUCUUUCUGAGCUGCUUCAUAUUGUACCAACAUUGAUGCGAAAAUACUGUCAUUUUAGGAACUAGGAAGCUUCUGACUAUAAGGGUUAAUGCAGUUAAGGCUGUGCCCAGAGUCUGGGUGCAAGAACUUCAGUAUCUGCCUUUCAACUCAGCAGUGAGAAGGUCAGCAGUCUGCUUUUCUGCUGCAUCACUAAUGAUUAAAAUAUAUGCUGUGAAAACCUUUCUACUGUAUACCGCUAUGGAGCCCACUUCUGUAUAACUGGAAUCUUCAAGUGAGUUUGAACUGCUGUAGCUUUUACCCUCCUCUGUAGAGCUGUGAUUUUUUUUUUUGUUUGUUGUUUUUUUUUUUUUGAUACAUCAAAGCAUAUGGGUUAAUUGAGCUGAGAAUCUGCCAAUGCUUGUAGCAAUGACAGUGUUGCCUGCACCAAGACCUGUGUGUACUUUGGAACACCUUGUUGUUGAAGUCGGUGAAAAUAAAAGCCAAAGUGAAAAUGA